AUGGAUAGUUUUGUUUUUGGUGUUUGUUUGAUGAUUUUCAACGUUGAGGCGUUUCAUUAUGGUAGAGCGAACCACAACCUCAAACCCUACAUGCCUAACGUGUGCGCGCAGCGGGAAGUAGCCUUGAUUGCUCAGACUCAGCCGUGUGUCCAGGCUUUUAGUCGGACGGUCAGAGUGUGGAAGCAGAGCUGCAGUGGUCAGGCCUGGUGCAUGGGAUAUGAGCGCAGAACGGCGUACUACACGGCCUACAGACAGGUGUACACGCAGGACUUCCAAACGGUCUACAAGUGCUGCCCCGGAUGGUCCCAGCUCAACGGAGAAGCUGGCUGCCUUUAUCGUAAGAAACACAAAUGCAACAAUAUUCAUAUUUACUCUAGACAAAUGUACAGCCUCAUUCCCAUUUAG